CGCAUAUGCAGCUGGUGUAAUCUUUUCUCACAGUCGUACUCACCUUUUCACCCGAUUUCAAGGUUUCCCUCAAAAUGGCCUCCUCUGUCAAGGCUGUCCAGACUUUUGGCAAGAAGAAGACUGCCACCGCUGUCGCGCACGCUAAGGAGGGUCGCGGCAUCAUCCGCAUUAAUGGCUCCCCCAUCAACCUCGUCCAGCCCGAGAUCCUGCGUUUGAAGGUUUACGAGCCCGUACUCGUCGCAGGCGAGGACGAAUUCGCGGGUAUCGAUAUCCGAGUGCGAGUGAAGGGAGGAGGGCACACUUCUCAAGUCUACGCUAUCCGCCAGGCUAUUGCCAAGGCCCUCGUUGCCUACCACGCAAAGUACAUCGACGCUGCCCACGCCAUUGCUCUCAAGAAAAGCCUGGUCGACUAUGACAGGACCUUGUUGAUCGCUGAUCCCAGACGGAUGGAGCCCAAGAAGUUCGGAGGUUCUGGUGCUCGUGCUCGCAGGCAGAAGAGUUACCGAAAUGGUCCUCUGAAAUUCUUCGUCGACCCCUCUUGCCAAGGUCGAGCUAAGCUUUUUAGAGACCUGAAAGAACACGGAGGUCUCACAACCAAAGAUCCAAGGGUGACCUGUGAUUUCUUGCUUGUACAAUCCAAUUCUUCGUCCGGACAAUCUUUCGUCCGUGUGUGGAACCACGAGAAAACGGUCUUGGAAACAGAUUGGGUCAAGCGGUCGAUCGUCGCCGGACGCCUUCUGGAUGCUUCGGACGAUUGGGGUGGUCUCUUGGCGCGGAUAAACGACUCAAUCGAUACGGAUGAUGAGCACCCCAAUAGCCCUCUGCCCACACCUCGAAUCACACCUGUCGGAGUGCCUCCAGCUGUCACUGGCUCCGCUUCGCCUCCACCGAGUAGCCAUAGCCCCGGUGAUGUUGCACCGGUCCACGGUUCCCCUGUCCGUGGCGACUCGCGAGACUUGUGGGCUGGGCCUUCCAGGAUGAGCGCCACGCCGGCCGCUGUUGAGCAUGGGCCGGUGAAUUUGAACGCGCAACAAGCUACCCAACAGCUCCUAUUGCCUCAGUCUUUUCCGACUGGUCUUGUUUACGAUCCAGCUAUUCACUCUGCCAUCUUGGGAGAGGUCAUGAAACAUCGUGGUCUAGCGCCUAUUGCUGCUUCAAUCUCAGCACCAGUGCAAUCCGAACUGGCCUCCGGCUCCCAUCUCUUGCUUCCAUCAGAACAAUUGCAGCCCCCUGCCAACCCAGAACGGGACCUCACUGUCUCAAUGGAGUCAGAGUUGGCUCGGAGGCCUGCAGUGUCAAUAGAUGCGAAGGGCAAGGGGCGCAGCAGGAAUGCAUCACCAGCCACACUGUUUACUGCGGAAGGAUCUGCAUUGACUUUCUACGUAUCGCUUGAGGUCAACAAGCGUUCCGAACUAUUGUCGUGCAUCAAGAAGCACGGUGGUCAAAUAUCCAUUCAGAUAACGACUGCCACUUACGCAAUACUCUCAUCUCGACCCAAGAAUUACGAAAGUGUUCUCGAGACAGUGCUCUCAUCGAAAGGGACCCCUGUGCGGCCGGCGUUUGUCUUCGAAUCUGUUCAACAGAAUAAGUUGUUGGAUCCGGCAGAGUAUGUCUUCCAGCCGUCAGACAAGCUGAAGAAGAAGUUGGAAGCAGCAGCUUCUCCUCAUUCGAGGAAGCGAAGGGCACGAGAAUCUGGAGGCAAAGGACGCGCAGUCAAGAAAGGAGCAGAUGAGGUCGGGAGCAAAGAAAGCGGUGACGAGCAAAAUGUGCUUGCGCCACAGGAGGAUGAGGUUCGUUGGAAGGUCGCCGUGAAAGAAGAGAGGACCAGUCCUCCUUCACUAUCGAGCCCUGCACUGGAAGAAAACCCACCCCUUCAACGUGAACCAAAAUCACCAACUCCACCCCCCGACAGCAGUCGCGUCCAAAUGAUAGGCACCGGUAAGUAUCGUUACACAGAGGUCGAGAUGAGGUACGCGUUCGAGUAUAUCACCGUACUCUUCUCCCGAGAUAAGGACAUAACGACGUCCGCGAUUGGGCAAAAGCUGCAUGAAAAGAUGCCCAAUCACUCCAAGACUGCUUGGAUCCAGCAUGUGACUUUCGCAAAUAAGCAAUCUUUUGAACUAGCCAAGAGGCAGGGGCUGGUAUCAUACAACACACGACAGCACAAACUCGCACAACGUCCGCCCGAAGAACCGCCCUCCAAGCGGAUCAGGACAGAAGAACACACGCCUUCCGCUGCACAAUCACAACCAUCCACCCCCAACGACGGAGAUCUGGAAGAGGACCUGUAUCACGCAGCACAUUUUUUCGCCGACGGUGGAGAUGUUGAAGAACCUGGAGACGAUUCACAAGCAGAAAAAGACAACCGUAUCUGGCAGAGGUUGACGGCGCAAACUCCCUGCAAAACCGAGGAAUCUUGGCCGGCGUUCUACGAUAAACACGGGGCCCAGGUGACACGGUUGUAUGAAAAACUGGUCCAGAACGAGACGCAGGAUUAGUUUGUUGGUCCGACUACACAACACAUCGUGUGGCGACGAGAUACGGCACAGCGGGCUGCGUGCCUCAG